GACGGGGAGUGUUAGCGCCUGCGUACGGGUGAUUGCUAGCUCUAACCCCCCGCCCCCCGGUAGUGAGUUGACGAGCAGCGUGGGUUAACCUGGUCCCCGUCCUGGGAGGUUUGGUCGGCGUUUGAGGGUGAGGGAGUGGUAGGCCGGUGUAGGCCGGGCAAGUCUGGGAGGGUUAGAGUGGCAGCUUCCGGUGAAUCGUGCUAUUUCUGGGAGAGGACCAUGUCAAGAAAGGAGCCGCUUCUCGGCGCCUUGAAGGCAUGUAUCCUAAGCCUCCAAGCAGACAAGGAUCCCAUCACAGAUCGUAAUGUUCAUCUCACCUCCUUGUGUGAUAUUCUGGAGAUUAUCCUACGAAAGGGAAUCAGGCAGCCAGUCAUAGGCCUGAGAAGGAGAGACUACUGGCACUGGUUGGAGCAACUUCCACAGCUGGAUCCCUGUAGCGGGUUGAUUCAGAUAUCAACGGCCUUGGAGAAAACUAUUGCCUGCAAAAAGCUGCUGACAGCACAAGGCCGGGGGAGGCAUUUCAUCCGACUAGCCCUGAAUCAAAAGAUCCUGGCAGUUAUAAUACAGCAUCUUCGCCACACACCAAGAUUAAUAGAGUGGUAUGACCCUGAGAGUUCUAUCCUUGCUAUUGAAUGCUUUGCAGAGCCAUUCCUUUCACUGCUGCUGGUCUUGUCACAGAUGAACUUCACCCUUGACUUGCAGAACAGCAGUUUCUUGGAUGAGAGCUGGCUGCUUCCAGUGUGUGAGACAUAUGACACAGUGCCCUGCCGGGAGCUGGGAAUGGUGCUCAGAUACACUGACAGGCGUGUUUUUGUAUCAGAGGUGAUUGCGGGAAGUCAAGCUGAAGCAGAUGAAUGUGUCUAUGUUGGGGACAUUAUUGAUGGAAUCAAUGGGAUUUCAUUGCGAAAUGCUCAGAGAGGAGAGGCACAAACAGUUUUACAGAAACUUCGAGGAAAGCCUUUAAGUUUCGAGAUGAUUCGCUGGAAGUGGCACGAUGGUACAGUGUAUGGACCCAUGCUGCCUCAUCUGCAACUGAUGCAAAAAGAGAUCCCUAACUUCCAGCUCCAAUGCGAUAACAAAUCAAACAAAGUAAUGAAAGAAGAUGGUUUGCGGGAAGACAGGCUGCUGUAUUCACUCCGAUUCUUGGGCAAGGUGAACAUCGGAAUGUAUGGUGGAAAGGAAGUGCUGGAUGUGGGCAUUGAGAGAGUCCUGCAGCAAAAUCUGCCACCACAGGAGGUGUUGUUCGAUGUCAAAGAAACCGAAGUGAUCUGCUUAAAAUACAACUCGACACAGGUCCUUUUUCAUCAUCACUUCCCUGAGAUCUCUUCAGUGGGACACCGGUUAAACAGGAGGACCCUCUUUGCUUACUGUGUGGCGAACUCCCCAGAAACACCUCAGACAACAUCUUUCGACUGUUUGGUGUAUGAGUCCAACUUUGUUGAGGAGGCCAAUGAAAUUAUUCUGAGGAUAGCUGCAGGAUUCCGACAUACUGAGUGGUUCGUGUGACACCAUAAUGGAAGUUGUCAGCUGACUUUGUCACCUUGUUGUAUAGUUAACUCGUCUGAUUGGGUAUAUAUGCUGCAAAGACUGUCCGGAAAUGCUGUGGUAAGACAGACUCCUCAAAAUCAACACCGAACAUCACCAACAAAGGCUGCAUCUGACACGGAGGACCCACUAAUGUGCAGCAAGUGUGAAUAUGAUAGAGAGAAGGGUAGGACUCAGGAGGGUCUCUACGUGUUUCUAAGUACAAUGGAGCCAUUACUGCUGAUGUGACGGGAUCCUCUGAGUAAGGAGAAAUAGCUGCAGAUUUGAAACACAAAGUAGAAGGUUAUUAAAACUGUUUCUUGCAGCCAGUGGAGUACAUGCAUUGAAAUUACUGGGACACUGUUCUCUUUCUCUACCUCAGGAUAGUGGCUGGGAAAUGAAUUUGCACUAUUCCCACCUCCAUUCUUACUGCCAAGAUCACCUAUUCUAUUUGCACUGUCAUGUGAUGUUCUUAAUCUGUCUCCUCAUUGGACCAAUAACACAUGUAGCUGCCAGUAGUGCCUCCAAUUGUAACACAAUAUGGUCUGCCAUCUGAUGCCCCUUGUGGCAGAGUCGGUGGUAUUUGGUUUUUAGUCACAUUUUACUUGGGCAGAGUAUAAAAACUUCACAUACCGACUGGAACAAGCUGCACAAUGAUUGACAUUUACAGGUAGGGUGUGGGGCCUAGUUCUGAUGUUUCACUGUUUGGGUGGGGGUUAGUUAUAAUGUUUUAUUGUUUUUGGGCGGGGACUUUGAAGGGUAUUUAGAAUGUUUCACCAUUUCUUUUGGAGGGUAGGGGUGUUACAUAAAACAAUGUUUGGGGGAAGCGUGGGGAUUAUAAGGAAAGGUAGUGUUUCACGCCCCUGUAUCGAAACCCGAGUGGGCCUCUCCAAAGUGAAGAGAAUGUGGCAAUGAUGCACAAAAAGAGCCUGUAUUCCCUGCAUCUUUCUUCAGCGCAUAGGGACAAUGGCAACAGCUGAACCCAUGAAACAAAUUAACAUAGAAAGUAAUCAAGGUGUAGUGGUGGAGCCUUACCCCUGGAUUAGGAUAAAGUCAGAAGUCAAUAAACCUGUUGGGUUUAUUCCAACAGGUUUAUUUGAAACCACACAAGCUUUCAGAAUGCUGCAGCAAGAGGCAGCUAACAAAGUGGCUGCAUUCUGAAAGCUUGUGUGAUUUCAAAUAAACCUGUUGGACUAUAAUCUGGUGUCGUGUGACUUCUGACGUGUUUCACCCCAGUCCAACACUGGCACUUUCACACCCUGGAAUAGGAGGUCUGGGUUCAAGUCCCACAUGCUCCACAGGUGUGUGAUGGCAGUUGAGUAGGAAACUACAUUAUAUUUUUAAAAUGUAUUCAAGGGGCUCUCUUGUGGUACAGCUGGGCAUAGGGAUUCCUGAUGAAGGGCUUUUGCCUGAAACGUCAAGUUUCCUGCUUCUCGGAUGAUGCCUGAACUGCUGUGCUUUUCCAGCAACACUAUAAUCUCAUCAGGAUAGCUUGCUUGAGUGUAGGAGGUCACAGGAUGUGAUCUAAUUGAAAUGUCUAAGAUGAUUAAAGAAUUUUAUAUGGUAGCUUUAAAAACUACUCCUGAUGGUGAAGGAAUUCAAAAUAAGGAACUUAAUCUAAACUCAGAGCCAGGUCAUUUAGAGCUGAUAUCAAGAAGCACUUAUUGAUACAAAGGGAAAUCUGGAACACACCUUUUUUUUUUAAAAUAACGCUACUGAGACUGAGGAUCAAUUUAAAAUGUCAGAAAUAAAAUGGAUAGAUCUUGUUGGGCAAUGUGUUACAGAAACAAAGGCAGAUAAAUGGAUUUGGACACAUUUGAGGUUCCUGGCUGAGAGAGAGGUUCUUGGGAUUUAGAAACAGCUACAGACAAACAAUUGACUGUUUUUAUUUACAAAUACUUUUUUUCUGCUUCUUAUUGCACUAUCACCUACAGCUACAAGUGAACAACAAUAAACUGCUAUUUCAAAAGGCUGUGUUUGUGACCAAUGUCACCACUAGGUGGAACACUACAUACACAGUGUCACAUCCCCCAGUGCUGCUGUGGCUGGUGUAGAAGGCUGCUGCAAGAAGUGCCUCAUUUGGAAUAUUCUCAAUGAUCUCACUUGCUUUAAUGGAGUGUCUAGAUUGAAAACUUGGCGCACACUGGGAAUAUUGAAAUAAAUAAUUGAUUUUUAGUUUGAGUAAGACAUAAUAAAUGUCAAAUGUAACCAAAUCUUAUGGCACCAGCUGUAAAAUGUACCAUACAAUAUCAGAAAAGGCCACCUUUGAUUGUUGUAACUUGUAUGUUAGUAUUUGUGGUGUCUCUGGUACACUUAAAGAAGCAGGAUUUAAUCUGUCACCGAGGUUGCUUGUGCAUGCUCAUGAAACGGCACAGGCACAGAUGGGCGAUCUCAAGUGGGAAAACACACUCCAAUUCCAAAGUAACAUUCUCCCAUGUCUGCAUGGAUUUCGUCUGGGUGCUGCAGUGUCCUCCCACAGUCCAAAGAUGUGCAGACUAGGUGGAUUAGCCACAGGAAAUGCAGGUUUGCAGGGAAAGAUUAGGAGGUAGGUCUGGAUGGUUCAGAGGGUCUGUGUGGACUCGAUGGCUCAAAUGGCCAUACUGUAGGGAUUCUAUAAUUCAAUUAUUCUCUAUUAUUCAAUGAUUCUAAUACUACAGGACAGAUCCUGUCAUGAUCUGAUUGAAUGAUGGAUAGGGACAAAGGGCUGAUAUUCUGUUCUUGAUUAGGCUUUGUGCAUGAUGAUAAAAGGAUCCUGCUCAGCUGUGAUGCAUUAUGUGGUUAAAUAAUAAGUCUUCUGUACAUUUCUGUUUGUAACACAGGCUUGGGUGUAAUUGCAGACUGCAGUCAUUGACUGUGAAACUGUCUUCUGCUAUGUGUUUGCACAUGGUGUGAAGGGGAGAAAAUUGGCACUGAGCAUCCAUGCCAGCUUGCAAUGCAGUUCUUUUGAAUGUCAAUGAACAAAUUUCCCUUCUGUCUGUAAAGGCUGAGGAGGUGGUGCGGCAAAGAUCAUUUUGUGUAAUAAAUAUGUUUAUUUAUGUGCUUCUCUGGGUAAGGGAAAAUAAGAGAGAAUUCAAAAGAAAAUUAAGUAUUUAACAGAAGAGCAAAAAACUUUGAAAGUUUACAAGGAAAGGUGGGGAAGUAGGACUAGGUGAGUUGGUGUUAGAAAGAGGUAACACACACGAGACAAGCUGAAUGAGGUUAUUUGUUGUUACAGUUCUAUGAUUCUAAGUAUGAAGACUUUGGGUAUUGCAUUAUGUACAGUUAUGUAUUGUAAUUGUAGGCAACCAGCCAGCCUUCAAUA